CACGUACGCAGCAGCGGCCCAGGAACGAGCAGUUGCAAGCCCGUUGACACGCAAUUAGAGCAGCCUUGCAACGUCCCGGCCCAGCGCUGCCACGGGGCGCCGCACGUCGCGCCCGGCGCCUCCCGGCGAGCUUCACCCAUAGCAGAGGACUUGGCCUUGCACCAUGGUCGCGACGCGGCGCAGCAGCGCCUCUGGUAAAGCCGCGCCCGAAAAGCCGCCGCGGCCGCCGCCGGCCGUGACGCAGCCGGGCUUCUGGCGGUCCUUUGCCACAAGAGCAAAAGCGGCGCUCGCGAUGAUGGUCUGCUUCUUAUGUAUCCUGUGGGCGGGCCACUUUUAUGUGUGGUUAUUGAUAUUGAUGCUCCAAGUUUUGAGUUUCCGGGAAUUACUUAAUGUGAGGUACCAGGACUACAAGAAGGACACCGAGAAGGCGAUGCCCUUGUUUCGUACCUUACAGUGGGGCUGGUUCUACGCGGCCCAGUUUUAUGUUUAUGCGGACUUUGUGCAUGAGUUUGCCCUCCAGAACCACACGCAGCAUAAACUCACGCAGCCCUUCUCGCGGUACUGGGAGGCGAUCUCGUUCUUCCUAUAUUGUGUGGUUUUCACCUUAUCGGUCUACACGCUGCGGGUGGAUGCUGUCAGAUAUCAGGUCGGUCAAUUAAGCUGGACCAUCGUGACGCUGUGUAUCGUCGUGGGGCAGAUGAAGUUCGUCGCGCACAACAUCUUCGAGGGGCUCUUUUGGUUCUUCUUCCCCGUCUGGCUCGUCGUGCACAACGACUGCUGGGCCUAUGCCUGGGGGGCGUUACUGGGGAGGCGGUUCAUCACGCAGCCGUUCUUCUCGCUCUCGCCGAAGAAAACGUGGGAGGGCUUCGUGGGCGCGCUGGUGUCGACGAUCGUCGUCGCGUUCUACACGGCGCCCCUCUUCGCGAGGAGCAGGUGGCUGAGCUGCCCGGCCACGUCCCUGACGUUACGGUUCCACGAGCCGCUCGCGUGCGAGCCCGCGGCCGUGUUCCGGACGCGGAGCGAGAUGAAGCUCGGUUUCGUCACGUUACGUGACGUGAGCCCGAUCCAGCUCCACGCCGUGGUCUUCGGGCUGUUCGCGUCGGUCGUCGCGCCGUUCGGCGGCUUCCUCGCGUCGGCGAUCAAGCGCGCGUACGAGGUGAAGGACUUCGACUCGCUGAUCCCGGGCCACGGCGGCGUCACGGAUCGCGUGGACUGCGAGUUCAUCAUGGCGCUCUUCGUCUACGUCUACCACAAGACGUUCAUCGCCGAGCCCGAGGGCUGGCGCGCGCUCGCGGCGGCGGCCGCGCGGCUCCCCGAGGGCGACAGGAGGUUAUUGGCGGGGGCGAUAUGCUAA